GGCUUUGGGAGAGUGAGGGUGUGGGGUAAUUUGGGAAACGUACUUGCCUAUUUCUGUGGGAUCUGGGGAGGAAGCCCUGAGUGGAUUGGCUCUGGAAAAGAAUGGGACGGGUCGGCUAAGUCCUGGAAGGUUCUGGUUCUGGUUUCAGAGUCCGGUGGUGUGUGUGUGUUGAGGCUUGGGAUCUCCACCGAACCAGGAGGCCGGACGUGGGAGGGGUGGUUUCACGGUGGUAUAUACACUCUUGCCCGAAUAUUUUGGCCGUUUCCACUUGCUUUGCAGGCGCCGGGCGUUUUUCUGCGGAGCACGUGUUUCUUUUUAUUUACAGUCGUUUUAAAGUAUUGGGAUUUGAAAUCGAGUGAGUUCUCUGACAUAUUUGAGCACACGACCCAGGAGUACUUGGAGAAAAAACUGGUUCCAGAGGACCUAGACUGACGGUAGAAAUGAGUCCUGCAGAUGCCCUUGACGAUGAAAAUACAUUUAAAAUCUUAGUUGCAACAGAUAUUCAUCUGGGAUUUAUGGAGAAAGAUGCAGUCAGAGGAAAUGACACAUUUGUAACAUUUGAUGAGAUUUUAAGACUUGCCCAGGAAAAUGAAGUGGAUUUUAUUUUGUUAGGUGGUGAUCUUUUUCAUGAAAAUAAGCCCUCAAGAAAAACAUUACAUACCUGCCUCGAGUUAUUGAGAAAAUAUUGCAUGGGUGAUCGUCCUGUACAGUUUGAAAUUCUCAGUGAUCAGUCAGUCAACUUUGGUUUUAGUAAGUUUCCGUGGGUGAACUACCAAGAUGACAAUCUCAACAUUUCGAUUCCAGUGUUCAGUAUUCAUGGCAAUCAUGAUGAUCCCACAGGGGCAGAUGCCCUGUGUGCCCUGGACAUACUAAGCUGUGCUGGAUUUGUAAAUCACUUUGGACGUUCAGUGUCUGUGGAGAAGAUAGACAUUAGUCCAGUUUUGCUCCAAAAAGGAAGCUCCAAAAUUGCUUUAUAUGGCUUAGGGUCCAUUCCAGAUGAAAGGCUCUAUCGAAUGUUUGUCAAUAAAAAGGUAACAAUGUUGAGACCAAAAGAAGAUGAGAACUCUUGGUUUAACUUAUUUGUGAUUCAUCAGAACAGGAGUAAACACGGAAAUACUAACUUCAUUCCAGAACAAUUUUUGGAUGACUUCAUUGAUCUUGUUAUAUGGGGCCAUGAACAUGAGUGUAAAAUAGCUCCAACCAAAAAUGAACAACAACUCUUUUAUGUAUCACAACCUGGAAGUUCAGUGGUUACUUCUCUUUCCCCAGGAGAGGCUGUAAAGAAGCAUGUUGGUUUGCUGCGCGUUAAGGGAAGGAAGAUGAAUAUGCAGAAAAUUCCUCUCCACACGGUGCGGCAGUUUUUUAUGGAGGAUAUUGUUCUGGCCGAUCAUCCAGACAUUUUUAACCCAGAUAAUCCUAAAGUAACCCAGGCGGUACAAAGCUUUUGUUUGGAGAAGAUUAAAGAAAUGCUUGAAAAUGCUGAGCGAGAACGUCUGGGAAACUCUCGACAGCCAGAGAAGCCUCUCAUACGACUUCGAGUGGACUAUAGUGGAGGUUUUGAACCUUUCAGUGUUCUUCGCUUUAGCCAGAAAUUUGUGGAUCGGGUAGCUAACCCAAAAGAUGUUAUCCAUUUUUUCAGGCACAGAGAACAAAAGGAGAACACAGGAGAAGAAAUCAACUUAGGGAAGUUAAUCACAAAACCUUCAGAAGGCACAACUCUAAGAGUAGAAGACCUUGUAAAACAGUAUUUUCAAACUGCGGAAAAGAAUGUGCAGCUCUCACUUCUAACCGAAAGGGGAAUGGGCGAAGCAGUACAAGAAUUUGUGGACAAGGAAGAAAAAGAUGCCAUAGAGGAAUUAGUGAAAUACCAAUUGGAAAAAACACAGCGAUUUCUUAAAGAACGUCAUAUUGAUGCCUUAGAAGAUAAAAUCGACGAAGAGGUACGCCGUUUCAGAGAAAGCAGGCAAAAAAACACUAAUGAAGAAGAUGAUGAAGUUCGAGAGGCUAUUACUAGGGCCAGAGCCCUCAGAUCUCAGUCCGAGGACUCUGCUUCCGCCUUUAGUGCUGAGGACCUUAUGAGUAUAGAUCUGGCAGAACAGAUGGCUGAUGACUCUGAUGAUGACAUCACAGCAGCAGCCAACAAAGGAAGAGGCCGAGGAAGAGGCCGACGGGGAAGAGGGCAGAGUUCAGCCUCGAGAGGAGGGUCUCAGAGAGGAAGAGGAGGCAGUAGUCUGGAUACUUCUACUCGAAGCAGAAGUUCAAAGGCUGCUGUGUCAACAUCUAGAAAUAUGUCUAUUAUAGAUGCCUUUAAAUCUACAAGACAGCAGCCUUCCCGAAAUGUUGCUACUAAGAAUUAUACAGAGAUGAUUGAGGUGGAUGAGACAGAUGAAGAAGAAGACAUGUUUCCUACCACUUCAAAAACAGAGCAGAGGUGUCCGAGCACAUCAUCAUCAUCAAGCAAGCGCAUGUCCCAAAGCCAAAUAGCUAAAGGGGUCAAUUUUGAAUCAGAUGAGGAUGACGACGAUGAUCCUUUUAUGAACACUAGCUCUUUAAGAGGAAACAGAAGAUAAUAUAUUUAAUGGAGUUUGAAGCAUUCAAGGUUCAGGAAAAAUCAGAACACUGCAAGCAAACAGUUUACAGUUGAAGAUUUUUUUAAGUAUUGCUGUUAAUUAAAGAAUUUGAAAGAGACUUACUUAACAGAAAAACUUAACGUAUAAGAAUUUGUGUUUUGACGUAUCGUUUCGUGAACAUGACUCCUUUAAUUGAGAAACAUCCCAAUUUGAGGACAUCCAGAAUGGCACUGGUUCUCCAUACUUUUUAAUCUAGUUCUUAACAUUACCUGGGGAUGCUCUACAAGAUCAUAAUGUUUUCCUUACAUAUAUUAGCGUACAUCUAACUGAAUGAGGGCUUUGCUUAAAUACCAUUCUUGAGUAAGGAUUAACAGAAAUCUGUCACUCUAUGUUUCUGCUUCAUUAUCAAAGACUGUCAGUAUUUUAAUGUAGUUACAUUUAACCAAAGUUGAGGAAAAGAGCUUAUGAAACUUAACCUCCUUGUAAUUUUAAUAAUUUCUAAAGAUUCUGGAUUUCCUGAAGGUAAAACAAUCUGUAAAACCGUGCCUAAGCUCAUUGUUUGUUACUAAGUGUUGUUCUUUUUCUAAUGUCUGUGAUCGUGUCAGCCACUGAGACUUUGAAUGUUAGAUGUAUCUUAUACUUUGAAUAAUUAGAUAUAUUUGUAUUAAAAAAUAGAGCAGUCUCUGAA